AUGGCAUGGCUUACCAUAAAGAAGCAGGGAUACCAGAGCCAGACUCCAGGACCCAGGCACCCAGAGGUCAUGAAGCUGAGUUUCUUCUGCGCUCUGCUUUCUCUCUGGGCAGCAGGGAGCAGCUGGGCAGACACCAGAGCCAUCGGGGCUCAGGAAUGCCACCCCAACUCCCAGCCCUGGCAGGCCGGCCUCUUCUACCACACGCGCAACCCCUACAACUUGUUAUGCGGGGCGGUCUUAAUCGGUGACCGCUGGCUGCUCACAGCUGCCCACUGCCAUAAGCCGUAUCUGUGGGUCCGUCUUGGAGAGCACCACCUCUUGAAAAGGGAGGGUCCAGAGCAGCUGUUUCGGGUUACAGACUUCUUUCCCCACCCUGGGUUCAAGAAGAACUUCAGUGCCCAAGACCACAAUAAUGACAUCAUGCUGAUCCGUCUGCCCAGGAAGGCACGCCUGGGACCUGCUGUGCAGCCCCUCAACUUCAGCCACACCUGUGUCUCCCCAGGCACCCAGUGCCUCAUCUCAGGCUGGGGGUCCGUGUCCAGCCACAAGGUGCAGUUUCCACUCACGCUGCAGUGUGCCAACAUCAGCAUCCUGGAGCCUAGACUCUGCCAUGAGGCGUAUCUAUUCCAAUUCUCCAAGCACAUGCUCUGUGCCGGCCUAUGGGAAGGGGGUCGGGGUGCCUGUCAGGGUGACUCUGGGGGCCCGCUGGUUUGCCAUGGGACUCUGGCUGGUGUGGUGUUGGGGGGUUCGGAGCCCUGCUCCGGACCACGGCACCCUGCCGUCUAUAGCAGCGUCUGCCACUAUGUGCACUGGAUCAGAAAGACGAUGAAGGAAAACUGAGGCCCGGUGCCUUGGACGAGCACAUGAGGAGGGUGGGCGCAGGGUACGGUGCUCCAGCCUCAGUGGUCUCCAUCCUUGGCCUCAGCUGUCCUGGAGAAGCCUUCUGGAUAUUUAGGCUCCACCCCCUGGGGAUGGA